GAUCGCUUUACCCUACAAAAAACAGAGCACAUGACCUCAUCUAAGAUAUCCAUAUUACUCUCGCUGCCUAGUGAAAACAUUUAUCAAGUUCUAGACAACGUCGAUAUCAACGAUGUGUGGACUAUGAGCCAAGUAUGCCAAGUCUAUCGACGUUUUUCAUUUUACAUUCUCAGUCGCCGCUACAGACUUGACUUGACAUAUUCAGACUCGACUUUAUUCGGCCUGAGAGCGUGCUUGAUUCGGUCCAUUCGUCGAGCUGCCAACCGCACGAUACUUGAACCGAAACCCGCUUACAUUGACCUUGCGCCCAAGCUAGCGCACUAUAUUCGCUAUCGUGGAAGCGGAUCCGAUAACGAUAUGCAACGUGCUGAUACCAUUGUUCGUAUGUUUGUAGAGCACAUCGUCCAUACCCAUCAUAACUACUCGCUAUCAUGGUAUUUACAACGCCAACUUGCUCGCUUGCACGAACAGUAUCCUAUCGCUACGUUGUUACAAACCAAUUUGUCGACGGUGAUGGCGUCACCUUGUCAAUAUAAUCAUGAAGCCAUUAAAUCCAUAGCGACGUUCUUAAUCACCAACGCUACCACUUGUCCCGAGAUACCACUCGCAGACUCAUUUAUCUUUAACACCUUUGAAACCAUGUGCGACAUUGCAAUGAACACAAGCUCAUCACCCAAAGAUCGAAAGCUGUUGGUGGAUACUCUAGGUCGCGUGGUUUUCGAAAUGCCUAUCCGAGGUCCUGUUGGAAGGCAAAUGCGACAACGCUUGGACCGAUUGAACUAUACGUCACCGGUAGACACCACUCCCUUCACCGACAUGUGAAUAAGACAAUUCACACUUAAUCCAUUGAUGAUUUUUGUACAUAAACACGUCGCCUACUUUAUUGCGUUCACUAUCGAUUUGCAGUGUUAGUUAUUACUAGGACCUAUCAUCUCCUCAGGCUUAAUCCAGUCAUGGAAUUGCUGUUCAGUAAGAACACCAAGUUCUAGAGCGGACUCCUUGAGUGUGAUUCCUUUCUUAUGGGCGUU